UGGUAAUGGAUAUAGAUAGGUUCAAUCAGUAAUGUCGAAUCUCAUCAGCACCUUCCACUUCACCGGAGGAGCUUUAGCUUUGCCAACCCAAUUUCCUCCCCACUUCCUUCCCUUCUCCGCCUAUUCCCACACAAAAUCCAUUGUUUCGUUCAGACGCACCAAUUUAUCGGCCAGAAGAAUUUGGUCACUUCGAUCAGCCAUGGAAUGUGUUGAGGAUAGCAGCAAUAAACAAAAGGCAGUGGAUUUGGAUGUUUCCAUUCGAGAAGAAUAUGUUUCAGUGUCGAAGUUGCUCAAAGAGUUCACAGCUAUCCCUACCAUUGAUAAAGCAUGGAUUUUCAAUCACGAUAGUGUUUCUCGUGCUAUGUUUUUAAUCGGACAACCAAAUAUUUUGUCCAACAAGAGGAGGAAAUACUUCUUAUCAAGUCAUAUUUUCCAUAAGAGUGACAGUUCUGUAAGUUUUCAUUGGAAUCCAUUCCCUAUUGAGAUGAAUGGUGUUUCCGCUAUGGUUCCUUCUCCAUCAGGAUCAAAGCUCCUUGUUAUUCGAAAUCCGGAUGGUGAAUCUCCUACCCACUUUGAAAUAUGGGGUCCAUCUGAAGUUGAGAGGGAGUUUUCUAUUGCCCGAUCUAUCCAUGGUUCGGUAUAUACAGAUGGAUGGUUUGAGGGUAUUUCAUGGAAUGAAGAUGAAACAUGCGUAGCUUAUGUUGCUGAGGAACCUGAUCCUCCUAAACCCACAUUUAAUAUAUUUGGCUACAAAAAAGAGGGGACUACAGAUAAGGACUCCGGCAGCUGGAAGGGUCAAGGCGACUGGGAGGAGGACUGGGGAGAAACUUAUGCUGGGAAAAAGCUUCCAUCUCUUUUUGUUAUUGACAUUACCAGUGGGGAGGUUGCACCUGUUGUGGGAGUGGGAAGGGAACUGAGUGUUGGGCAAGUUGUGUGGGCUCCACCAAUUGACGGGCAGCAGUAUCUGGUCUUUGUUGGAUGGGCCUCCAAUAAGAGGAAGUUGGGUAUCAAAUAUUGCUAUAAUAGGCCAUGUGCCUUGUAUGCUGUCAAAGCUCCUUCGAAAUUGGAAACCAGUGCAACCGGAUCUGAUGCAGCUGAAGACUCACAUAUUGUUCAUCUGACCCAAAACAUUAGUAGUGCCUUCUUUCCCCGUUUCAGCCCAGAUGGGAAAUUCCUCGUGUUUCUAUCUUCAAAAAGUUCUGUUGACUCUGGGGCACAUUCAGCAACAGAUUCACUUCACAAGAUUGAGUGGCCCUCUGGUGGAAAAUUGGGUCCAACCUUGAAGAUUAUUGAUGUGGUUCCUGUUGUGAUGUGUCCUGAAGAUGGUGGCUUCCCAGGACUCUACCCUUCUAAGUUUCUUACUCGACCCUGGCUCUCUGAUGGACAUACAAUGGUUUUAUCUUCUAUUUGGGGCAGUACUUUGGCAAUUCUAACAGUCGAUGUAUUCAGCAGACAAGUCUCCCGGAUCAGUCCAAAUCCAUCAAAUUCUUCUUGGGACAUCCUCGGACUUGAUGGAGAUCAUAUUAUUGCCGUGUCCAGUAGUCCAAUUGAUAUUCCUGAAAUCAAAUACGGUCGUCUCAUUGGAAAUACAUGGAGCUGGAUGGACGCCGUGACCCCCACAACCAAAUGCUCCGAGCAGCAGGUCUCAUCAUCGUUGGCAUCUCUUCAAUUUGAUAUCAUGAAGAUCCCUGUCAAGGAUGCCUCUGAGAACCUGCCAAAAGGUGCAACCAAACCGAUUGAAGCUAUAUACGUAUCAUCCAAGUCAAAGAAGUCCGACUCACGCGAUCCAUUAAUCGUAAUCCUUCAUGGAGGUCCUCAUUCGGUCUCAUUAUCAAGCUUCUCAAAGUCCUCUGCUUUCCUGGCUUCACUCGGCUACAGCUUGCUCAUUGUGAAUUAUAGAGGUUCUCUAGGAUUUGGCGAGGAAGCUUUGCAGUCCCUACCAGGGAAAAUCGGGUCACAGGAUGUCAACGACGUUCUAACUGCAAUAGACCACUCCAUUGACAAAGGACUUGCGGAUCCAUCUAAAAUAGCUGUGCUCGGUGGUUCCCACGGUGGUUUUUUGACGACACACCUUAUUGGUCAGGCUCCAGACAAAUUCGCUGCUGCGGCAGCUAGAAAUCCAGUGUGCAACAUUGCUCUAAUGGUUGGCACAUCAGACAUUCCCGACUGGUGUUUCUUCGAGGCAUAUGGAAAUGAUGGAAAAUCCAUGUUCACAGAUUCCCCUUCAGCCGAACAAUUGUCUCUUCUCUACAGCAAGUCUCCCGUUUCUCACAUCUCCAAGGUUAAAACUCCGACACUCUUCCUCCUCGGCGCCCAGGACCUUCGUGUGCCGGUAUCCAAUGGAAUACAAUAUGCACGCGCGCUAAAGGAGAAAGGAGUCGAGACUAAGGUGAUUGUAUUCCCUAACGAUGUACACGCCAUCGAGAGGCCGCAGUCAGACUUCGAAAGCUUCCUUAACAUUGGGGUAUGGUUCAAGAAGUACUGCAGUUAGCAAAUGUUGAGGUCAGGUCAGGUCAGGUCAGCCAUGGCUUGUUCUUCUCUGAGUAUUUUUAAAUUUCUGAAAGUUUCAAUUUGUUUUUCAUAACUGAAGAUUUUAGCUGUCUAUUUAACAUUGUCGUUAUUUAAGGUUGCAUAGAAUAAUUCGACAAGAAGACUUAGGCGUUGAACACAAGUUAGGCAUAGUUCUUAGUUAAUUUUUUAAUUGCAUAAUUAACUAUGAAGAAGAAGAUAGUGAUUUGCAAAUCUAAUACCCCUUUGAUAGUGAACAUAAUAGAACUUUUGUUAAUUUUUAAUUGCAUAAUUAACUAUGAAGAAGAUAGUGAUUUGCAAAUCUAAUUUCUCUUUGAUAGUGAACAUAAUAAUUUCUAUGGCCUAUGGAGAUAUCAUUGAAAUUUUUAAAUAAAUCCAAAAUAGAAUGGUUUGAAAAAGAAACAAACCAGUAGUUUUGAAUAUUU